GACCGGCGCGCCUGGACGGCGGGCAUCUCGGGGCACCGGGCGGAGGCGCGGCGCGCGAGGAGGGGUGCGGGCGGUCGCGGGCGCCAGCGCCAUGAACGCGGCAGUGGUGCGGCGGACGCAGGAGGCUCUGGGCAAAGUGAUCCGGAGGCCGCCGCUCACCGAGAAGCUGCUGAACAAGCCGCCGUUCCGCUACCUGCACGACAUCAUCACUGAGGUGAUUAGGAUAACUGGCUUCAUGAAGGGCCUCUACACAGAUGCUGAGAUGAAGUCAGAUAACGUCAAGGAUAAAGAUGCAAAAAUUAGCUUCCUACAGAAGGCCAUAGAUGUGGUCAUGAUGGUCUCAGGAGAACCCUUGUCAGCAAAACCAGCAAGAAUUGUGGCCGGGCAUGAACCUGAAAAAACCAAUGAGCUGCUUCAGCUGAUUGGCAAGUGCUGCCUCAACAAGCUCUCCAGUGAUGAGGCAGUGAAGAGAGUCUUAGCUGGGGAGAAGGCGGACUCGAGAGGACGGGCCUUACGGACCUCCAAAACCCAUGAGGCCGACAACAAGAAUGUGAAGGAAGAAGAGUCCAGAACUCAUAAAGAGGAUAAAAGAAGCUCUGAGGUAAAGGAGAGAAGCGCCAGUGCAGAGCACAGACAGAAGGAGGAACUGAAAGAAGAGAACAAGCCUCGGGAGAAGGAGAGGGACAAGGAGAGGGACAAGGAGAGGGACAAGGAGAAGGCAAAGGAGCCCGACAGAGACCGCCACAGAGACCCUGACAAGGACAGAAGCAGGGAGGGAGAGCGAGAGAAAGCCAGAAGUCGGGCCAAGCAGGACAAGGACAGAAGCAACAAAGACCGGGACAGAGAGGGUGAAAGGGACAAGGAUCGGGAGAGGAGGAGCGAGGGCGGGAAAGAAAAGGAGAGGCUGAAGGAUCGAGACCGUGACCGGGGAAAAGACCGGGAACGGCGGAAAGCGAAGAAUGGGGAGCAUUCCCGGGACCCUGACCGGGAGAAAAGCAGAGAUCCAGACAAGCCAGAGAAAAAGUCAGCAAGCUCAGGGGAGAUGUCUAAAAAGUUGUCAGAUGGAUCUUUCAAAGAUGCCAAAGCAGAGAUGGAGGCUGAGGUUUCUGUGGGAGCAUCCAAGUCCUUGUCAUCAAAAACAUCAAAACGGCGAUCUAAGAAUUCACUGGAAGGAAGGAAAGAGGAUAAUAUUUCAGCUAAGAUUUUAGACUCCAUAGUGUCGGGACUAAAUGACGAACCAGAUCAGGAAACGACAGCUCCAGAAAUAGAUGAUAACUCAGCUCGUCUGUGGUGGGAGAACGCUGAGCCAGAGUCAGCAGUAAAACAGAAAGGCGACUCCCCCAGUGACGCAGAAGGAGAAGCUGGAUCUACUGGCCAAGAUAAGCCUGAGGUGUCAGAGAAUGCAGAAGUCACCAGUGAGCUUUCCUCCAAUCUCAGAAGAAUACCUCGGCCAGGGAGUGCACGACCAGCACCUCCCAGGGUCAAACGACAAGAGAGCACUGAGACCCUGGCAGGAGACAGGUCAGGAAGUGGUAAAACUGUCUCCAAUGUGAUCAUCGACUCACAGAAUUCUGACAAUGAGGAUGAUGAGCAGUUUGUGGUGGAAGCUGCCCCUCAGCUCACGGAAAUGUCAGAGAUUGAAAUGGUGCCAGCAGGGGACCUGGAGGAUGAGGAGAAGCAUGGUGGGCUUGUGAAAAAGAUCUUGGAGACGAAGAAGGAUUAUGAGAAAUUGCAGCAGUCUUCCAAGCCCGGUGAGAAGGAGCGAUCCCUCAUCUUUGAGUCAGCGUGGAAGAAGGAGAAGGACAUCGUUUCGAAAGAGAUAGAGAAGCUCCGUGUGUCCAUCCAGACCCUGUGUAAGAGUGCACUUCCCCUGGGAAAGAUCAUGGACUACAUCCAGGAGGACGUCGACGCCAUGCAGAACGAGCUGCAGCUGUGGCACAGCGAGAACAGGCAGCAUGCCGAGGCCCUGAGCAAGGAGCAGAGCAUCACAGACAGUGCGGUGGAGCCCCUGAAGGCCGAGCUAGCUGAGCUGGAGCAGCAGAUCAAAGACCAGCAGGACAAGAUCUGUGCUGUGAAGGCCAACAUCCUGAAGAACGAGGAGAAGAUCCAGAAAAUGGUGCAUAGCAUCAACCUGACGUCACGAAGGUGAACGGCCAGUCCUGCAGAGAUGGAGCCGUCUUCCUCGUGGUGGGAGAAGAGGCGGGAAAGCGCCACUCUGAGCCCCAGUCUGCUGAGAAAAUGGACUGCAGGUGGCUGGACCCCGCUGAAUUCAGCUUUCGGUUUAGGCACUAAACUUAUUAAAAGGCCGUGUUUUCUUACCUCCUUCCA